AACCGGGAACAGAAGGCACAUGAGCAGCAGGCAGCAGACGGGGCCACAGCCGAACCAUGUCCCCAGGCCACUGAGAGAGGACAGGACCACCCGCCCCCUGGCUCCCCAAGUGCCAUGGGGCUGCCCCACAGCCACUGAGCAGGAUGGAGGGGCUCUGCCUGCUCUUGGUGACUCUCUCCACCGCAGCGCCCGGACACGGGGCAGCGAGCUGGAAGGCAGCGGUGUCGGCAGCCCAGGCACGUAAUGGCACCCCACACUUCAGCAUUCCCCCCGACCCCACGGAGCCGAUGGAACCUCGCAGCACCCCAGCAGGCAGGGCGGCUGGAAACACCUCAGUGGCACCAGCUCUUGGCAUGCUGCGGCUAGCCGGCGGCCAGAGCCGGUGCGAGGGCCGGGUAGAGAUGGAGCAGGCAGGUGCCUGGGGCACGGUGUGCGACGACGCCUGGGACUUGGCCGACGCUGACGUUGUGUGCCGGCAACUGCGCUGCGGCUGGGCUGUGCGCACCCAUGGCGGUGCUGCCUUCGGCUGGGGCACCGGACCCAUCCUGCGGGACGAGGUGCGCUGCAAGGGACACGAGGAGCAUCUCUGGGACUGCCCGGCUGAGCUGGAGCAUGACUGCAGCCACAAGGAAGAUGCUGGUGUGGUGUGUUCAGAGCACCAGGAGUGGCGGCUCUCCGGGGGCUGGGACGGCUGCGCCGGCCGGGUUGAGGUCUUUUUCCGUGGUACAUGGAGCACAGUGUGUGACAGCACGUGGUACGAGCUGGAGGCCAGCGUGCUGUGCCACACACUGGGCUGCGGGGAGCCCCUCCAGCAGCUCGCCUUUGGCCACACGCUGCCCGGCAGGAUGCUCUACCAGUGCGAGAGCCAGCAGCCCUCGCUGGCCCACUGCCAGUGGACCUACAACAAAUCGGCUCCAUGCCACCAGUCCCAAGCGGCUGGCGUGGUCUGUAAUGGCUCCCAGGGCUUGCAGCCACCAACCCCAAUGGCCACGAUGACACCAACCAACGUCACACUCCUGCACGCUGAGGAAGGCUCCCUGGCUGUGGGGACACAGUCCCCUCUGCACAUGCCCCUCUUCAUCCUCUGCCUGGUUCUGGCAGCACUGCUGCUGCUCACCGUGCUGGCCUUCACUGCCACCCUGCUGAGGGUGAGGAAGAGGAGCGCCCACACCAUGUCCUCCCACGGGCUAGCCGGUCCGGUCCUGGUGACCCACAGCACCCAGAACCCCAGUGCGCCCUCGGGGACCUCCAAUGACUACAGGGACAUGCCUCCCAGCCUUCCCAAAGGACCAGACGCACCAGACCCAGCCCCUCCCACUGCCAAGGACUCCGACUCUGACUCUGACUACGAACACUAUGACUUCAGCAGCAACCCGCCCGUGGCCCUUUCCACUUUCUACAACUCACUGCGCCAGCAGCCCAGCGAGCAGCUGCUCCCGCUGAUGCCCAGCCAGAACGGGAUGGAGCUGUUCCCUGCGGAGGUGCCGGCCAGGCUGGGCCCCCCAUCCUGUGGCAGGGGGAGCAGCUCCUCCACCUCCUCCUCCUCAUCCACCGAGCCCUACUGCAAUGACAGUGUGCCCCCCCAGCAUGCCUGGGCCUGCCCCCCACCCGCUGCCGACAGCACCUGCCAGCACGCAACACCCACCACCCAUGACUACAGCAACUACCCCAGCACAGCUCACCAAGCAACAGCCUGUGCACCCACCCCAGUGCUCUCCCCACCCUGGGUACCUGUGUCUCCAGCAGACCCUGAGCCCACCGACAGCUCCAGUACCUCCUCGGGGGAGUGGUAUGAGAAUGUGCAGGACACGGAACCACCGGGAGACCUGUCCUCAGACCCCAACUGGCCAGCUCCAUUUUUGCCCUUAGGGGGACACAUGCAGGACCCCAGCUGCUCUGAGGGCAGUGACUACGAUGACAUCCAGGGCUCUGCCUACUGAGGCUGCCUGAGCGCCACAGACAGAGGGUCAUGGCAGGGGACACUUGGCCAUGCGGCCAUGGACUUGCCAUGCCGCCGCCGUCUCCUCUGUGCCAGCACCGGUCCCAGUGGAUGCUCGGUGCAGGUGAGAUGUACCGGGCUGUAUGCUGCAAUUAAAAGCUUUUCCCAGUGG